GCUUAUCUAAGGCGGAUGGCCUGUCAUCCACCAUACCGCCCGCCGCCACAACGCGCAUUUCAGCCGCGUCUACGUUUCCCACUUUUGACGACCGCGUCAAACGAACAACAUCGCCUGGUUGCGAACCACCACGUCCCAUCCCCGCCGAGCGCCCAACAUGUCGACCAUCACCACCACGGCCCUCCAGUCGGGGCAGCCGCCCGUGAUCCCGCGCGACUUCAACGGCAAUCAGCCCACGACGAUCCGGCUGUACCCGCUGUCCAAUUACACGUUUGGGGUCAAGGAGACGCAGCCCGAGGAGGACCCGUCGGUGCUGGCGCGCCUGAAGCGCCUUGAGGAGCACUACAGCGCCCACGGCAUGCGCCGCACCUGCGAGGGCAUCCUCGUCUGCCACGAGCACAACCACCCGCACAUCCUGAUGCUGCAGAUUGCCAACGCCUUCUUCAAGCUGCCCGGAGACUACCUGCGCCCCGAGGACGACGAGGUCGAGGGCUUCAAGGCCCGCCUGGACGAGCGCCUGGCCCCCGUCGGCCGUCUGGGCGAGGGCGAGGAGGCCGGCGACUGGCAGGUCGGCGAUUGCCUCGCCCAGUGGUGGCGCCCCAAUUUUGAAACCUUUAUGUACCCCUUCGUGCCAGCCCAUGUCACCCGGCCCAAGGAGUGUAAGAAGCUGUAUUUUAUCCAGCUUCCGAACUCAAAGGUUCUUAGUGUCCCCAAGAACAUGAAGCUGCUGGCUGUCCCACUGUUUGAGCUCUACGAUAACUCCGCCCGCUACGGCCCCCAGCUUUCCGCAAUCCCUCACCUGCUGAGCCGCUACAACUUUGAGUUUGUCGAUGAGCAGGGUAACAUCGUCGCCGUCACCCCGGGUGGCGGUGUCCCCACGGAAGUCGACGCCCCAAAGACCAAGAUCUUGGCAGGCGGCGAUGAUGUGGACAUGAGCCAGGAGAACGGCACGCACUAGGAGCGUGUCGUUAUCUCUAAUUCCCCUGCUAUCUUUUGUGCUUUUAUGGCCACUACAACCACACUCUUCUUUGAAGGGGUGUGGAUGGAUGUUUGAGGUUGAUAACCAACCACGAUGGAGAAUUCACAAUGAUCAGGUUUUCAUGGCGAUCAUGGCGUCUGGAGUUUGAGAUCGGACACGGGCUCAGCCCUGCAAGAACAAGAGGAUGCUCGAAAAUAUUAGGUUUUCAUUGACAGACAGUCUCGAAACGAAGAGAUAGUUGUUUACCUCUUCCCUACUGAAGAACCGGACUAUGGUACGAUCAGAGAGAUCUACAUCUUCUCGCCUUGGAUCGUGGCAACAAUCUUGCGCGAGUGCUUGUGGGCUCUAUUAUCAUGUUCGGCAGGAUGAUGACAUCACAUGUGUUGUCAGGACGCUGUGCCCCCAAACGGUGGAGGAUAUGCGCGCAUCUAAACUUACCUGAACUCAAGAUACCAAAUACCUUGCCAGGUUCCCGUGGCUAGCUUGCCGUUGGAGAUUGGGAUUGAGACGG